UUUUGCUUUCUUCUUCUUCUCUUUGUUCCAAUCCACACCUUAAUAAAUUUGUUAUUUAAUUUAGUCCUUCCUAAUUUAAAACAUAACUAAAAUCAAUCACUUCUUUCAGCAAAUUUUUGCAUGAUAAUAUAAGAUUAUAGGCUAGGAUUGUAUUUUAUUUCAUCAUAAUUAUUUUUAUUAAUUAAAAUAAUUUUGUACAAAGAUAGUUAUACAUAUAAAAUGAACGAGUUUGAUGGUGGAAGAAGAGGAAGGGCAUGGAACUACUACACAAGUAGUUCAGAUAUUCCAACAGAUAUAGCAAACCCUCCUCAAAUAACACAGAGUUAUAAUUACAAACAAGAAGGACCGAGGAAAAAUAUAUGGGGAACGACAUCGUUUUAUGCCAUUUCAUUUGGGUUUGUAGCAACUGCUAUACUCAUAUCUAUGUUCCUAGUAAUGGCUAUUCUUCAGCGCCUAUAUAGGCCAACUAAUGAUCCUUCCCUCUCCUCUACUUCAUCAUCGUCUUCUCAGGAUGGGAGCAGCAUUGAGUCUGGAUCUUCGGCUAAACCAAGAAACCAUCACAAUGUGGUGAUGCCAACAUACGCAGCAAAUUACUCGGUAGUAAUGCCAGGACAAAAGUAUCCAACUUGUUUAGCUCAACCUGCUCCUCUUCUUCCUUAUCCAAGGGAAGGAUUUCGCUGGAACUCCCAUCGUUCUUUCGAUUGCUAGUAUAACAUACAUGUGCACGUAUUAUUUUCUCAUACUUUCUCGAGCUAGCCACAAUUUAUCUAGAAGAUAAACAAAAAUGUUUAUUGUAUGACAUUUUCGUAAAUAAAUCAACAACUUUA